AUGGCCAAACAAAGUCAUGCAUCUGAUCCUAUGAGUCGCCUCACUCCUAUUGUACAAAGGUCAAAGGUCAAAGUGAUACACGCACGAUACAUGCACCGAUUCUCUGCUCUUUUCCCAUCUCUAUUCUUCAAGCCCUUUCUUACAACUUCUCACUUUUUCCAGGCUUCAAGACAGGCAGCCGCUAUGACGGACAAUAAUAGACCAGUGUUCUUCUUCGAUAUCGACAAUUGUACAAUUCUCACAGCUUUAUCCAAAGAGUAUGUAUUUAUUAUUGCUCAUGAACUUCUCGGGAUAUCGAUUGAUAGCUGGCUCCUACCCCCAGGCAAAAAGGUCCACGAUCUCAUGUCCCGUCUCAUCGAUGCGUACUUCAUGAAGCAUCUGUCCCUCAGCCAGGAAGACGCCUUUAAGCUGCACCAAGAAUACUACCGCAACUAUGGCCUUGCAAUCGAAGGCUUAGUUCGCCAUCACAAGAUCGAUCCCAUCGACUACAAUGAGCAAGUGGACGACGCCCUCCCUCUGGAAGACAUCAUCUCUCCCGAUCCAGUACUGAGGAAGAUGCUCCAAGAUAUCGACAGAAGCAAAGUCAAGCUAUGGCUCUUCACAAAUGCUUAUAGUACUCACGGGAACCGUGUAGUCAAGCUUCUAGGCGUAGACGAUAUGUUUGAAGGCAUGACUUACUGCGAUUAUGCCCAGUAUCCGAUUGUAUGCAAACCUGGGGUAGUCAUGUUCACUAAGGCCAUGAAGGAGGCUGGGGUAGAGGAUAUGAAGAAAUGUUAUUUUGUCGAUGAUUCUGGUUUGAAUUGUACCGCCGCGGAGAAGCUUGGCUGGACCACGGUGCAUCUGGUCGAGGAAGGUGAUCCGUUGCCUGCGGUGCAGCCAUGUAAGCUACAAAUCAGAAAUUUGGAGGAGCUUAGAACUCUCUUUCCCCAAUUCUUCAAGGCGUCAUAA